AUGCAGGAAUGCCUCCAAAGCGAGCAACUGCCGGAGAAACCGGUACAAGAGAGAGAAGAAGAAGCCGAAGAAGGCCAGAUACAAGAUGUUGAAUUCGAGGAGGCAGCCGAGAGGACCAAGUCCAGAGAUUGGUCCGACGUACGCGCAGCUCUGGAGGCCAUUGCGGGAAACGAGCGUCAACGAAUGCCUGCCAUGUCAAGACCAAGUCUCGUACAGGAACGAGCCGGAAAGGAUAUACGAGGGUAA